AUGGCCACUGGCUUUGACGCUUGCCAGUGGCGACGUCCUCGGCCGGACGCCGGAGCUAGAGGCAAAGAGCGGGAGGGCGUUGGUGGUUCCACGAGCCACUCCUCAUCACAAGCUCUCGGAGUGGGUAGAGGUGACGGCAGCUUCAGUGGCUCAAGUGCAGAGGCAUCAUCUACAGGAUUUGGCGCUGGUCUCCUUGGAGGUGGACUGGCUGGUUCCCAGAGUCAAGCUUCAGCAGGAUCUGUUGGUGUAGGCCUUGGUGAUGGUGGGUUUAGCGCUUCUAAUGCAGAGUCUUCAUCAGUAGGACUGGGAGCAGGACAUCUGGGCUUAGGCGUUGGUGGUUCCACAAGCCACUCCUCAUCACAAGCUCUCGGAGUGGGUAGAGGUGACGGCACCUUCAGUGGCUCAAGUGCAGAGGCAUCAUCUACAGGAUUUGGCGCUGGUCUCCUUGGAGGUGGACUGGCUGGUUCCCAGAGUCAAGCUUCAGCAGGAUCUGUUGGUGUAGGCCGCGGUGAUGGUGGGUUUAGUGCUUCUAAUGCAGAGUCUUCAUCAGUAGGACUGGGAGCAGGACUUCUGGGCUUAGGCGUUGGUGGUUCCACGAGCCACUCCUCAUCACAAGCUCUCGGAGUGGGUAGAGGUGACGGCAGCUUCAGUGGCUCAAGUGCAGAGGCAUCAUCUACAGGAAUUGGCGGUGGUCUUCUUGGAGGUGGACUGGCUGGCUCCCAGAGUCAAGCUUCAUCAGGAUCUGUUGGUGUAGGCCACAGUGGUAGUGGGUUUAGCUCAUCUAAUGCAGAGUCUUCAUCAUUAGGACUGGGCACCGGUCUUCUUGGUUUAGGCCUCGGUGUCUCAAAAAGCAGCUCCUCUUCACAGGCUGUUGGAGUGGGUGGAGAUGGAGGCAGCGUAAGUGGUACCACAGCAGCAGCAAAAUCAUCAGGAUUCGGAGGUUUUGGAGGUUCUGAGAGCCAAGCUUCAGCAGGGUCUGUGGGAGUUGGCGGAGGUGGUAGUGGAUUCAGCACCUCUGAAGCGCAGUCUUCGUCAGUUGGUCUGGGUGCCGGGUUAGGUGGCCUUGGGCUUGGGCUUUGA